GGUAAUCCGAUGGUAUAAGAUCAGUGAAAAGCGUCGUAUUUUUCCAAAAAUCAUUCAGUAUUUUAUUUGGUCGCACUGACUCAUAAACUCGGUAUCUUUUUCCGUAAUUCGUCGUUCAUAAUAACCAUCAUCAUGUAUCGUUAUAAAAUGGGAAAGAAGAAGAGCGAGGAGGAAAAAAAAUCAUCGGAAUUAACACGACAGAUGCAGGCGUCGUCUUUAUCAUCGUCGUCAUCGUCGUCUAAAACUUCGUGUUUUGAUAAACCAUCGUCGUCGGUACCAUCAUCAAAAACUUCUUGUUUGGCGUCGGCGUCGUCGUCGUCGUCUUCGUCGUCUGGUGGUGCUUUCGGGAGAUCGGAUAAGUAUUCGAAGCAGCAGCAGCAAAAACAAUCUUCAUCGUCUGAUAAAUACUCGGUUUGCGGUAGUUCUAGUCGUUUAUCUUACGACACAUCGUCCUGGUCGGCUCAACGACUAGCCAAUCAUCGCGAUUUCAACAAGAACACGGCUUCGUCGCAACAGCUAUCGGAACGCGAACGAAAAUCUAAAGAAUUUAUAGAGUUGUACAAGAGUGGAAAAUUGGCAAAAGCUGGUCCGUCUAUGUUUGAACGAGUCAAGGCUUACGGACCAUUCGCUUUGGACAGUUUGGCUUACGACAGACAACAAAUCAUCGAUCAGCAAAAGAAAAAGAAGAAAUAAAAAUGACAUUACCCACUAAAACUAAAGUGACGAUAGUUUUGGUAAUUUUGUUGUUGGUAUUUUACUUUUUAUUAAAGAUUUCAUCUAACAUUUUACACGCUAUAUACGAUGCUUCAAAGAACGAUAUUCAAUAUACGACAUCAUCAAUUAUGAAUCGAAACACUGUGCUUGGUGAUGGUUAAGAUUUUUUAUCUACAAUAGAAUUGUAUUUUUAGAAAUUCAAUAA